UAUGUUCUCGCGUCAAUGGUGUCAAUGUCAUAAUAAAAAAAUAACCUAAACUUUUCCCAAAUAAUUUAUUUAUUAUAAUGUUUUUAACACUAAAAUUAUUGGGAAAUAGACACCCUUCGUUCAUUGCACGCACAGUAUUUGUAAAGAAUAAUAAUGUGGAAGAUGCUUGUCGGCUGAUCAACAGAGUUCUUGGCAAGGACGGUAUUUUGGAGCAGUACAGACUUACCAGAUAUUACGAGAAACCGUUUCAGACAAGACGGCGUAUAAACCACGAAAAGUGCAAAGCCAUCUACAACGAAGACAUGGAAAGAAAAAUACAAUUCGUACUUCGGAAAAACCGUCACGAACCAUUUCCUGGAUGCCAUUAAACUUAGCUAUUUAAAUAGAUUUUAAUUUCGCGUAGCUAUUUAGUAACUUGUGGCUUAUGAAUUAUAUUGUCAUGACUACCACACAUCUAUGAUCAUAAAAUGUAAAAAGACCUUAAACAAAAUUCAU